AUGGAUCAUCUUGUCGAUUCAGGUGGAGUAUGCAAAGCUGCUAGUGUCCAGCAGCGCGACGUUGUGUUCAGCAGCUGCGAGCAUUGCUGCCAGUGUGGCAGCAUCGUCUGCGACGCUGUUGCUGCUGCCAGUCAGCAACGUUUGGCUGAGUCGGUGGAUGACGAAAUUACAAGAACACGAGAACUAGCAGGGUGGUUUGCGUUACAUCUGGUGGUACAACUGUUCCUUUGGAGCUGUGAUGUGUACGUUACAUUGACAACUUCAGCUGAUCAAGUCACAGAGGAGCUGCAUCCACAGAGUAAACAUCAUGCUAGGCUUCAUUUGUGUUGGACAGUUCUACAAUUUACUUAUGUUUUGAAGGCUGGAUAUUCUGUAAUAUUUCUCUAUCGGAGGGGAACCUUCCAGCCAUAUUGUAGGUCUCUUCAGGAUGAUCCAUUGCUUGAAUGUUUUGACAUUACCAAUGAAUCUAAUAUUGGAGAUUCUACAGUUGAUUGCAUUAUCAAUGAGGAGCCUCGGAUCAAGUGCUAUGUUCUAUCUUGCAGCUGCAGUUUCUGA